AUGCUGUCAAACGCCUUCGCGCGAUCAGCGCGCUGCAUUCGUCCCAUAACUAGAGCACCGACACUGUAUCUCAGAGGCUCGCGACCCAUCUCGACACUCCCAGAAAACCCCCAGAUCUUUGUCCACAAAGAUCCUUUCGACCCCACAAAAUCCCUCCUCUCCCUGCUUCCCACAACCCCGCCAACACCACAGCUCGCAAUCGGCACCACCUCGGCGCUCCCCGUUACGCCCCAGAGCUUCACCCCGAACCCGCUCUUCGUCCCGCUCCUCUGCAGCAUCCUCGCCGUCCACGCGCCCCAUGACCCCAUGGUGCAGGGCCAAGCUGCUGCCUUCGCGUCGCCGGGGGGCUUCAACCUGUCGCGCCCCAACGACGGCGCGGGUGGCGCCUCGCACCAGGGCGGCGCGGGGGGUGGUAACAUGGGCGGCUGGAUUCACGUUAGUGACGCAAGGAACCCGCCGGAUUUCGGGCGCAUUGCGUGGCCCGAGGAUAUCUUUGGGAGCUUGGAGGUCGAUGGGAAGGGCAGGAUCGUCGAGGGCAGUUGGCAGGAUAGCGGGAGUUAUCGCGCUGUGACGCGCGAGGGGGUGUUGGGGCUUAGUGAGUUUGUGAGAGGGAAGGCUGUGGAGCGGUUGCGCGAGUUGGAGGCGCAGAUCAAGGAGAACUCGUAG